GUUUAGCGUGGCACUGGGAGGCCGGGCCCUGGGGAGGGGGUGGUGGUCGGUUAGUGGCGUUGGGCUCCGACCGCCGCGGUGGCAUUGCUUUCUCCUCUGCUUACGGGGAGCUGCUCAGGCUGGAGGCUAACCAGCUCUUGCCGCCGCCUCGGUCGCGAUGGGGGCGCAGGACCGGCCGCAGUGCCACUUCGACAUCGAGAUCAACCGGGAGCCGGUUGGUCGCAUUAUGUUUCAGCUCUUCUCAGACAUAUGUCCAAAAACAUGCAAAAACUUCCUUUGCCUAUGCUCAGGAGAGAAAGGCCUUGGGAAAACAACUGGGAAGAAGUUAUGUUAUAAAGGUUCCACAUUCCAUCGUGUGGUUAAAAACUUUAUGAUUCAGGGUGGGGACUUCAGCGAAGGUAAUGGAAAAGGUGGAGAAUCAAUUUAUGGUGGAUAUUUUAAAGAUGAAAACUUUAUUCUCAAACAUGACAGAGCGUUCCUUUUGUCAAUGGCAAAUCGAGGGAAACAUACCAAUGGUUCCCAGUUUUUCAUUACUACCAAACCUGCUCCACACUUGGAUGGGGUGCAUGUCGUCUUUGGAUUGGUUAUUUCUGGUUUUGAAGUAAUUGAACAGAUUGAAAAUCUGAAAACCGAUGCUGCAAGCAGACCUUAUGCAGAUGUGCGAGUAAUUGACUGUGGGGUGCUUGCCACAAAAUCAUCAAAAGAUGUUUUUGAGAAAAAAAGGAAGAAACCAACUCAUUCAGAAGACUCGGAUUCCUCUUCCAAUUCCUCUUCCUCUUCAGAAUCUUCUUCAGAAAGUGAAAUUGAACAUGAGAGAAGCAGAAGGAGGAAACAUAAGAGGAGGCCAAAAGUUAAGCAUUCUAAAAAGAGACGAAAGGAAGCAAGCAGUUCCGAAGAGCCAAGGAAUAAACAUAUAAUGAGCCCAAAAGGUUACUCUGAGAGGAGUGAUACCAAUGAAAAAAGGUCAGUUGAUUCAAAUGCUAAAAGGGAAAAGCCUGUGGUCCGACCAGAAGAGAUUCCCCCAGUUCCAGAGAACCGAUUUUUACUGAGAAGAGAUAUGCCUCUUGUCACAGUGGAACCUGAACCGAAGAUUCCUGAUGUUCCACCCAUUGUAAGUGAUCAGAAACCAUCUGUAUCAAAAUCUGGACGGAAGAUUAAAGGAAGGGGUACAAUUCGCUAUCACACACCUCCAAGAUCAAGAUCAUGUUCUGAAUCAGAUGAUGAUGAUAGCAGUGAAACUCCUCCUCACUGGAAAGAGGAAAUGCAGAGAUUAAGAGCAUACAGACCACCUAGUGGAGAAAAAUGGAGUAAAGGAGACAAAUUAAGUGACCCCUGUUCAAGCCGAUGGGAUGAGAGAAGCUUGUCCCAGAGAUCCAGAUCAUGGUCCUAUAAUGGAUAUUAUUCAGACCUUAGUACGGCAAGACACUCCGAUGGUCAUCAUAAAAAACGCAGAAAAGAGAAAAAGGUGAAGCAUAAAAAGAAAGCGAAAAAGCAGAAACACUGCAGAAGACACAAGCAGACUAAGAAGAGAAGGAUUAUUGUACCAUCUGACAUAGAAUCCUCAAAAUCUUCCACCCGACGAAUGAAAUCCUCUUGUGAUAGAGAAAGGAGAUCUCGUUCUUCCUCGUUAUCGUCUCAUCACUCAUCAAAGAGGGACUGGUCUAAAUCUGAUAAGGAUGACCAGAGCUCUUCAACCCAUUCCAGCAGGGACUCCUACAGAUCUAAAUCUCACUCACAGUCUUACUCUAGAGGAAGCUCAAGAUCAAGGACUCCAUCAAAAUCCUCAUCACAUUCUCGAAGUAGAUCAAAGUCCAGAUCUAGUUCCAAGUCAGGGCACCAAAGGACAGCAUCAAAAUCACCAAAAAGAACAGCCUCUCAGUUAAGUGAAAACAAACCGGUUAAAACAGAACCUUUAAGAACAACAGUGCCACAAAAUGAAAAUGUCAUAGUACAGGCGGUGGUGGCAGAAAAUAUUCCUGUAAUACCACUGAGUGACAGUCCCCCUCCUUCAAGGUGGAAGCCUGGACAGAAGCCCUGGAAGCCCUCUUAUGAGCGAAUUCAGGAAAUGAAAGCUAAAACAACCCACUUGCUGCCCAUCCAAAGCACUUACAGUUUAGCAAAUAUUAAAGAGACUGGAAGUUCAUCAUCCUACCACAAAAGAGAAAAAAAUUCAGAAAGUGAUCGGAGUGCUUAUUCAAAAUACAGUGACAGAAGUUCAGAAAGCUCACCAAGGUCAAGGAGCAGAUCUUCUAGGAGUAGAUCUUAUUCCAGAUCAUACACAAGGUCACGAAGUCUAGCUAGUUCACGUUCGAGGUCUAGGUCUCCCUCAUCUAGAUCUCAUUCACGAAAUAAAUACAGUGAUCAUUCACGGUGUAGUAGAUCAUCGUCGUACUCUUCUGUUAGCAGUGAUGAUAGAAGACGAGCCAAGAGAAAAUACAGAUCGAGCGGGAAGAAAAAUAACACUUCUAGUAAAAGGCACAGCAGCAGUUCCGAAAAGACACUUCGCCAUAAAUAUAUGAAAAGCAGGGACAAGUCUUGUCAGAGAAAGUAUAGCGAAAGCAGGUCAUCUUUAGAUUAUUCUUCAGACAGUGAACAGUCAAGUGUUCAGGUUACACAGUCAGCCCAGGAGAAAGAGAAGCAAGUCCAAAAGGAAAUGAAUAAUAAGCAAGAGAGAAACAGAGAUGAAGAGAAAUCCAAGCCCGAACAAGAAUGCCCUCGUUCAAAAAAAAGAGCCUUGAAAGAGAAUCUUUCUGAUCACCUUAGAAAUGGCAGUAAGCACAAAAGAAAGAAUUAUGCGGGAAGUAAAUGGGACUCAGAAUCAAACUCCGAACGAGAUGGAACUAAAAACAGUAAAAAUAUUUCCCGGCCAUCGUCUGAUAAGGAGGAAGGUGAAGCUACAUCAGAUUCUGAGUCAGAGUUUGGUGAAAUUCACAUCAAAGCCAAAUCCACAACAAAGUCUUCAGCAAGUACUUCACUGCCUGAUGGUAAUGGUGCUUGGAAGUCAAGUAAACAGCAGUCUUCAACCUCUGAUUCUGAGGGGUCCUAUUCCAAUUCAGAAAACGCUAGAAGAAAGGCACGGAAGCACAAACACGGGUCAAAGGAAAAUCUUAAAAGGGAACAGACCAAAAAAGCGAAAGAGAAAUUGAAAGGGAAAAAAGACAAAAAGCACAAGGCUCCAAAACGAAAACAAGCAUUUCAUUGGCAGCCUCCACUAGAAUUUGGUGAGGAGGAGGAAGAGGAGAUUAGUGAAAAGCAAGUUACUCAGGAGGCAAAAGAGAAAAAACAAGUUUCUGAAAACAGUGAAACCUUGAAAGAAAGUAUUGUGCAAACUGAGAAGUCCUGUGAAGAGGGCAACCUUUCAGGUAAAUGUAAUACAGUAAUGAUUCCAUCAGAUAUUGAUCAGCCUACUAAAGAUGAUAGUAAACUUAGCAUUUCUCCUAGAGCUUUAAAUACUGAUGAAAAUGUAGCUGCUUCUCCCUCAAACGUUCAGCAUAUUGCAGAAAUUGUCUCAAGUGGAGUGGAAGAUGUGCUUCAGACAGAUGACAACAUGGAGAUUUGCACUCCUGAUAGGAGUUCCCCAGCAAAAGAGGCAUCCCCUCUAGGAAACUCAAGGCUCGACACCCCAGAUAUAAACAUUGUUUUAAAGCAGGAUGUGCACACGGAGCGUCCUGAGGGAGAGGAGCUGAAGCAGGAAAGCAGCAUGUCUGAAAGCAAAACAAUGGGGGACAUGGGCAAACAGGACGGCGGCCCCACUGGCAUUGCCAGUGCUGCAGAAAGCCCCGUGAAGAGAGAGGUGGCUGAGAAGAGCCAGAUCGGUCUCUUAGAUAAUAAAUGGAAGCCCCUGCAAGGUGUGGGGAACGUGGCCGCCCCGGCUGCUACUACAUCCAGCACUGUGGAAGUGAAGGCAUUGACUGCUGCACCUGAGAUGAAGCCACAAGGCUUGAGGAUAGAAAUCAAAAGCAAAAAUAAAGUCCGGCCUGGGUCUCUCUUUGAUGAAGUAAGAAAGACAGCACGCUUAAACCGGAGGCCAAGAAAUCAGGAGAGUUCAAGUGAUGAGCAGACACCUAGUCGAGAUGGGGAUAGCCAGUCCAGGAGUCCAAGCAGAUCUCGAAGUAAAUCUGAAACCAAAUCAAGACACAGAACAAGGUCUGUCUCCUACAGUCACUCAAGAAGUCGAUCACGAAGUUCCACAUCGUCUUAUCGAUCAAGAAGCUACUCGAGAAGUCGGAGCAGAGGAUGGUACAGCAGAGGCCGCACAAGGAGCCGGAGCAGCUCCUACCGCAGUUACAAAAGUCACAGGACAUCCAGCAGGAGCAGAUCCAGGAGCAGCUCAUACGACCCCCACAGUCGGUCCAGGUACGGACGGAGGUGGGGAACCAUUUGUGGGGGCGGGAUUGAAAAGCCUUGUUUUAUAAAACCCUUCACUUCCUUUUCAAAAGUGCUGUAUUCUGUUGAAAAGUGUAGAUACCUGUAUUUGUCUCAUGUAAUCCUACCCUAUCUACGUGAGGUCUUUUUGACAGCUUUUAUCUGUUGGCCCAUGGUACUCUAGUGUCAAAAGUGACCAUUGAUGACCAGUUGUAAUGGCAGGUGUUUAUCGGAUAUAAUUGCCUAAUAAGAUCCACCACCUUCAUUCAAACUUAACUCAGUGUCAACUUCGUGAUAUUUUUCAAUGCAGAAAAUAAAUGAACAUUUUUCUUUUUACUAUGGUAAGUCUGACUGGGGCAAUUGUUCAGUGUUUCCAGUACUUGCUGUGCAGCUGUGUCCUCGCAGUGUCAUCUAGGCCCUUGUUUUCGAGAACACUGAUCAGGUCAUAAAAAGAAAUGGAAGCAUAUAAGUAUCUGAGUGGGAAAAUUGAGUGUGUGUUGUUGCUGUUGAAGCAGGUCCUACACUUACGAUAGCUACUAUAGCAGGAGUCGGAGUCGAAGUAGGAGCCAAAGGAGUGACAGUUACCACCGAGGCAGAAGUUACAGCAGGCGGUCCAGGUGGGUCCCCCUCCUUUGGGGCACUGCACGGUACUGUGGGCACUUGGUGCAUGAGGUGACAGACAGCUAAUAGAAGAGAAAGCAUAAUCUUGGGAGGACAGAAAUAUUUUUCUCUUCUCGUAUUUCAGCAGUCCACAGGCAGCUACUAAAUAAAAGUGGCCGUUGUGUUAAGGGUUGCCGGGUCAGGUUUGCUGGGUAUUGUUACAUGUGUGAAUCCAAAAUGGAUCUGGUAAUACUUACGUAUCUUUGAAUAGUUUGCAAGGAGUAAAGAGAGAAGGUCACCUAAACCAUGGGCCAUUCUUUUAAAUAGGGCUAGUUGCUAAAAAUAGCAAAACAGAUUUGUUAAUUUUUUUUAAUCAAAAAAUGUAUACUAAAAUGUCAUCAUUUGCUUCAACAGCAGAGUUGAGGUUUAUAUCAUCAAUUUUUAGUAAAAACAUUUUUAUAUAUUACAGAUAUUUACACAUAUUACAUUUUAUGUAACAUAUUUUGGCUGGUACUGUAAGAGUCUUUGUGUUGACUUUUUAUGGUGUCCCUUUCCUAGUUGCUUUUUUGGUCUUAACCCUUCUCCCAUUCAUUGCAACUACUGUCAGUGAUCCUUGUUGAAUAUUGGUAUAAUCUAAACACCUCCCUUGUUUGAAACUCUUGAAGGACUCCCUGCUGCCAGAAGGGCGGGUCUAGGCUCUUUAGCAUUGCAUGUAAGGCCUCCCUACCUACCAGCUCCAGCUGGGGCUUUUCUGUCUUCCCUCCUUUAAUGUGCUAGAACCUUUCCUUCUGCCUGGAGGUACACACGCCUCUUGAAAUGGCCAAUUCCCACCUACCUACCCCACAGGCCUCAGUUGCAACCCACUGCCCCAGGAGGCCCGCCCUGACCGUUCACCCUGAGUUACGCCACCCCCACCUCCCUGCCGUGUGCCCUAUUUGUCUUGUCCACUAUUCUUUACUGUCCUUGAGCCCCAGGAAACUAUACUUGGUCUACUGUGUAUGUCCUAGCAUUUGGCAAAGUGACUGGCUCCCUGAAUUUUUUUCAAAAUAACUGAGUGGUGACAAUUGCCAGGUCCUCUUGACUUAGUUUCCCAGAGGUCCUAUCUGCAUGCACCUGCCCUACCUUCCUCCCACAUCCCCCAUUUUUGGGGGGGGGGGGCUUCCCCCUUUUUUUUUUUUUAAUUUUUUUGGACCGAGGGGUAAGUGAGGGAGGGAGGGGCAGAAGGAGAGGGAGAGAAUCUUAAGCUGCCCCGUGCAGAGCUCCAUCUCACGACCAUGAGAUCAUGACCUGAGCUGAAAUCAAGAGUUGGAUGCUUAACCGACUGAGCCUCCCAGGCGCCCCUUGGUUUCCGUAUUUUUAAUGAAACUAUUUGUGUACCUUUUUUAUCCCUUGCUUCCUCGGUCUCAUUAAAUAUUGAUGUUCAGUUUGGGUAACAUGGAAAAUUAUUCUGCUCAUUUGCAUGUGGAUUUCAAGUAAUUUCCCAAGAUGCGAUGUUUCUUUAUCUUAACGUUGAUAUUACUAUUCUGUCAUUUAAAACGUCUUUGAAAAGUCUACACUGUUGCCACAGUCAAGACCCCACUCAUCCACCCACUGUGCUCUGCCACAUCAGUAUUGCUUUCAAGCCACUCAUAUCAAAAAAAAAAAAAAAAAAAAAAAGGCUUCAAGAGGAAUUCAAAGGGUUGAAGUUAAAAGGUGUCUGUAUAUUUCUUUUGUUAUACAGGAGUUGUAGAUCUUAUGGCUCUGACAGUGAAAGUGACCGAAGUUACUCUCAUCACCGGAGCCCCAGUGAAAGCAGCACAUAUAGUUGAAAAUGUCCCCCCCCCCCUUUUUUUGAUACAAAUUAUAUCUUAUUUGUAAAUAUCUGGUAACUUAAAAGUUGGAGAAACUUAAUGGCAGUCUGUUGUUCUAUUUCAAUAUUAGAGAUAAGUUUCAAAAAUAGGCACUUAAUUGUUAUCGUUCAUUUACAUGUACACAGAAUUUAAAAUACAGAUAUGUCUCCUAAAAAUAUUUUUAUGACACAUUUUACAGUAGCCAACUAUGGAAAUGAAUUUCAUUUUCUUGAAUCAAGAAAUCAUGAAAUUUAAGUAUCAUUUGCAAUAUUAUUUUAGACAGAUGAUUUCUUUCCAUCUCAUGUAUUCCUUAGAAUACAGAUUGUUUUUGCCCGUUUUUCAGGUUUUAGCAUAUAUGCUGCCAAGCAUAGAACUGUGAAGAACUGUUAAAGGUGGCCAAAUAUUUAUGUACCAAUCACACAGUGUCAUACAUACGUGCUCUUAAGAACAAACCACCCAGAAUUGAUACUUGAUGGUAGCCAGGAAUAUAAGGCAGUGGCUCUGGAGUUCUUCAUUCUUUCCUUACUUCUUGGUUGUCUCAGAGGAUCGGGAAAAGUGGUCAUCAUACAGCCCACUCCGGCUGGCAGCUCAGGUGUGGCCUGGGGUCCUCCGGAGCAGGCAGGACUGACCCAGAAGGUUGUGCGGCCGCUCAGGGCUGCUGCACGUAACUGACAUGUGUGCCUCGGGAAGAGUCGAUUGAAGAGUGGACUUCAAAGUACCACCAAAACCUCACUGCCACCAUCCUGGAGACACUUGGCAGAGCUUUUAAGUCUUUCAAGUAGGAGAGAGAGAUACCACAACAGCAGCUGAACUGUUCUAAGCACCAGCAUGUUUUUCCUCUUUCUGCCGUGACCCGCUCUGACUCGGUGAAGCCUCGCACGACACGAGGAAGUCCGGGACAUCACACAGGGGAAGAGGGUGUGCACGACUGCACAGAUGACACAUUUUCUGUUUGGGGUGGUUCCUCCAAAAAGGAUUUGACCUGUAAAAACUGGUGUGAUUUUUUUUUUUGUUGUUUUUGUUUUUUAAUCUUUGAGUUUUUCCCCCAAGUGUACUUAAUCACCUUAGUGCCAGUUUAAUCAGUUACGCAGAAGAAAAUCCUACUGGAUGUUGGGUGUGGAACUCUGCACCAACCCAACCCAGGCCUUGGCUUGGGGUACAUGGGAAGUGGGAAAGAGCCCUCAGUGGGAGGGAUUUGACAGCCUCGGAUGGGUGAAAGGGAGACCUUGGAUAUAUUAAAACGGUCAUCCGUAAAAGGUUCAUAAACAGGGUUAAGUGGUCAGCUGUUUGCCAGGUUGAUAGAGUACGUCAGAAAACAGGACCCAAGUCAAAUAAAUGGACUUCUUAGUGAACACAAAACAAUGUGUGAUUCAUGUGAAGGGUUUUCAAAAGUUGCCUGUAAUAUUCAGUGGGGGAAAAAAAACGCAUUCAGAAGCCCAACAAACUGCCAAAUCUAAUUAGGUUAAGAAAAGUUACCCUUGGACGAUGUAUUUGUUUUCUGCUGCUGUGUAACAAAGUACCCCAAACUUAGCAGCAUAAGACAACGCCUAUUUCUUAGCUCACAGUUCUGCAGCUUGUGAGUCUGGCACAGUGUGGCUAGAUUCUCUGCUCAGGGUCUCACAAGGCUGAAAUCAAGGGUCAGCAGGGCAGCAUUCCUUUAUGGAGGCUGUGGGGAAGAAUCUGCUUCCAAGUUCAUUCAGUUCCUUGCUGGCUGUCAUCUGGAGGCUUCUGCCUCAGUUCGUGAAGGCUGCUCUCAUUCCUUCUCGCGUGCUCCCGUCCAUCUUCAAAUUCUCAAUGGCCCAUCUUCUCACGCCUCCCAUCCCUCUGCCUUCUUCCUCUGUUUUAAGGUUCAUGUGAUUAGAUCAAGCCCACUGAUCAAGUCUCCCUGUUUUAAGGUCAGUUCUGCCAUAGAACAUAACAUAAUCACAGGAGUGACUGCACAGGCGCGGGUUCCUGGGAUUUGGGCAUGGAGUGGGGGGGGGGGGGUGCAGGCCAUUCAGAACCCCACCUACCACAGACCAUCACUGCCCAUUGCGCUGGAGUUUCAUCCCAACAAGGUGGGCCCUGGAAGCCUCAUUUGUUUCUUCCAUGGACAAGAACAGCCCUCAGCCGUAGCAUUCAACUGUGUGUUUACUGAAUGAACUACAGAAACAGCUUUUCUGCCUAGAGGGGAUUGUUCUGUAUUUUAAGUUAUUUUUUAAUAAAAUUUAAUUAUGUUGUGUAUUGUGCUUCUUAAUAGGAAAUGUAUUAUUGGACUGUUUUUGUAAUGUUUACUGCAAAUGAAACAUGAUAUAGCUGGUAUUGUUCAAAAACUGUAGAGAAUACUUUUGUACAUAUUGGCAAUGUCUAAUUUGUAUACACUUCAUUUAAAUGUUCCUAAAACUUGAAAAGGGGGACCUUGUAGAAAUUAAAAUAUAUACUUAGUCUAAA